CAUGAAGAGGCUGAAGAAGUCUUAAAGACAGUCAUGUACUUUGACAGAAUGUUUCCCUCUUUGGACAUGCAAGAAAUGCUGGAAAGCGAGCAGCGCUGUUACGCACCGUCUGAACAGCCCGAGGUUCCGGUCUCAGGGCCUUCUAGCCCAGCAUCGGCUGAGUCCGAGCUCAGCUGCUCCAGUCCGGAAACCAAACCGACACCGGAAACACGAGUGAGGAGACCUCUGAAUGCCUUCAUCAUUUGGACGAAAGAGGAACGCAGACGUCUUGCGCAGCUCAACCCAGAUCUGGAAAACACCGACCUGAGUAAAAUACUUGGUAAGACCUGGAAAGCCAUGUCUCUGGCAGAGAAACGUCCAUAUAUGCAGGAGGCAGAAAGACUGAGGGUCCAACACACUAUUGACCAUCCCGACUACAAAUACCGUCCCCGUCGCCGCAAGACCAACAAGCGUGCUGCCAAGAUGCCUUCAAAUGAAAGCAACAUCUCACCCAACUACCAGCUUAGCUAUAUGCUCCAGAACCAAGCUCUUCAAUAUCCAUAUACACAUUCACACAUGCUGCCUAACUCGUAUUCACACAUGCAUGGUCCCAGCUUCCAGCAUCAUUCUGCCCCGUCACAGAAUGGCCCUACAUUUACAAAUGGAGGGUUAACGUUUCCAGAUGGAGCAGUAUUCUUAAACUCGUCUUUAGCAUACCCGCAGCAGUCUGUGUACUCAGCAGAACACCAGCUGUACUACAGUUCCCAGCAUGCAAUUCAGCAGAGAAGUGAGCAGUGUAAUUGGCGUGGGGCAGAAGUGUGUGCUUGUGUCCUGUGCUCAGGCGGACCAUCACUAGAAUUUUAUCUGGAACAGGUACGAGUGGACAUGCUUGACCAGCUGGACCGCAGUGAGUUUGACCAGUAUCUCAAUCCUGUCCAGCCUAAAGACCAAAACUUCCAAUAAACACCAGAAAGUGACCACACUUCAGUGUUAUAACCCAAGAGACUCUGCAGGAGGUCAAACCACAGUGUUUGAAAGUUUUCUGUUACUUGGAAAACUUAAUUUUUUUUUUAAACAAGAUGUGACUAUGUAUAUAAAUAUUUGUAUUUAUUUAUGAAGUUUAGUGGUGCCUGAAUACAGAAUAUACAGAACCUUCCUCAGGGGUAAAUCUCACUGUCAGUGUAAGACUCCAGAAAAUCCAUCAUCUUAUUGUAAGAUGUGUCAUCUGCCUCACUUUAAAUCAUGUAAUUGUUGCUGCUUUUUUGUCUCAGAGAUUUAUAAGAUCAACAUACAUCACUGUACUUUCAGAAUGUGUAUUUAUUACUUCACUUGUGGGAAAGUCCAA